AUGAAUUCAGCAAAAAAGACUGGAAUUAGUAUUGCAAUCGAUAGAGGCGGGACUUUUACCGAUUGCGUUGGAAACCCAGGGACCGACCGCUUGGAAGAUGAUGUUGUGGUUAAACUUCUCUCAGACGAUCCCAACAACUACAAAGAUGCACCUUUGGAGGGCAUCCGGCGGAUUCUUUCCAACUUUACAGGUCACGACAUCCCUCGUGGGGAACCCAUCGACACUUCUUUGAUCCAGAGCAUCCGCAUGGGUACAACGGUGGCAACAAAUGCGCUGCUCGAGCGGAAGGGGGAAAAGGUAGCGCUGGUGGUAAGCAGGGGCUUUAAAGACUGCCUUGAGAUUGGAAAUCAGUCUCGUCCCAAAAUAUUUGAUCUUGCCAUCAAACGUCCCGAUGUCCUUUACGAAGAGGUGAUUGAGGUGGACGAGCGCGUCACUUUGGAAGACUACGCGGAAGACCCGCAACGAAGAACCACUGCCACCACUCUCCGGGAACAGACCCAGACAGGAGACGUUGUUAUUCGCGGCCUUUCUUCAGAAGCAGUUCGCAUAUUGAAGCGCCCGUCCGAGGAAUUGGUGAGAUCGCAGUUGGAAGAGGCAUACAGCCGCGGGAUUAAAAGCAUAGCAGUAUGUCUUAUACAUGGUUACACCUUUCCAGAUCAUGAGGCACUGGUGGGAAGAAUCGCCAAGGACAUUGGUUUCCACCAUGUGAGUUUGAGCCACCAGCUCAUGCCGAUGAUUAAACUUGUGCCAAGGACCACUUCAGCUUGCGCCGAUGCAUAUUUAACCCCUGCAAUCAAGAAGUAUAUCUCUGCAUUUCAAGCCGGAUUUGAGGGUGGCCUAGGCAGUGAGAGUGUCAAAAAACAGGCAGGCGCCAAAGGCGCAAGCUGUGAGUUCAUGCAAUCGGACGGUGGUCUGGUGGACGUGGACCAAUUUUCAGGCCUACGAGCAAUUCUGUCAGGGCCUGCUGGCGGCGUGGUGGGAUAUGCGUUAACUUCCUACGAUCCUGUGUCAAAAACGCCUGUAAUAGGGUUUGAUAUGGGAGGGACGAGCACGGAUGUUAGCAGGUACGGAUCCGGCCGGUAUGAACAUGUCUUUGAGACAACCACCGCUGGCGUGACAAUCCAGUCUCCUCAGUUAGAUAUCAACACCGUUGCUGCAGGUGGCGGUUCGAGAUUGUUCUACCGUAACGGUCUCUUUGUUGUCGGGCCCGAGUCAGCAGGAGCCCAUCCAGGGCCCGCAUGCUAUCGCAAGAGUGGACCACUCACAGUAACUGAUGCUAAUCUGUUUCUUGGGCGAUUGGCCCCAGAUUUCUUCCCGAAGAUUUUUGGCUCAGGUGACACCCAGGGACUGGAUGAACAGGCUAGUCGGGUGUUGUUUGAGGGACUAACCAAAGAAAUUAACCAGAAGUUGAUCGAAGGGGGCCAUAACCGAGAAAUCUACCCCGACGAGGUUGCCUUCGGUUUUAUCAAGGUGGCCAACGAGACAAUGACCCGGCCCAUUCGAUCUCUGACAGAGGCCAAGGGACAUGACACCUCAAAACACAGAUUGGCCACGUUUGGAGGAGCCGGGGGCCAGCAUGCCGUUGCCAUUGCCGAGAGCCUGGGGAUUCGGCAGAUUCUGAUCCAUCGGUAUUCCUCGGUUCUCUCGGCAUACGGAAUGGCACUGGCAGACGUUGUUGAUGAAAAUCAAGAGCCUGAAUCUAAGACCUGGGCUGAUGAUGAUGAUAAUAAGGGGGGGGUUCGGGAUGCACUUGGUUCGAGAAUAGAAGAGUUGAAGAAACGAUCCACGCAGAGGUUGCGAGACCAAGGCUUCAACAACGAUUCAAUCAUGUUUGAAGAAUACCUCAAUAUGCGAUAUCGAGGCACAGAAUCUGACUUGAUGAUACUCAAACCCAGCAAGGAGGAGGCCGAUCUUCACUUUGGGGGCGACGAAUGGGCCUUUGGCAAGGCAUUCAUGAAGCAACACAAUCAAGAGUUUGGUUUUACUCUUCCAGACCGGGACAUCAUUGUGGAUGACGUGCGGGUGAGAGGAAUUGGAAAAAGAUUCAAAAUAUCUGAGAAGAACGUGGACCAGCAGAUCGACGAAUCCAACCCAAAGGAUGUGACGAUGGGCCAAGAGUAUCGCAGAUCUCUUGUCUACUUUGAGGGCGGCCGAUGCGAAACACCAAUCUACAAACUCGACGACUUAAAGGUUGGUGAGCGAGUGAGAGGCCCGGCGAUUUUAGCCGAUGACACCCAAACAAUUGUGGUGACCCCAGGAGCUUCAGCGUUCUUGACAAAAACCCACGUCGUGAUCAAUAUUGGUGAACUUGAUGCCAUCCAGGCAAAGAUCAGCACCGACACUGUGGAUCCAAUCCUGCUGAGUGUCUUCUCGCACAGAUUCAUGGCUAUUGCCGAGCAAAUGGGACGUGCUCUACAGAAGACAAGUGUAAGUGCCAAUGUAAAGGAACGACUUGACUAUUCUUGCGCCUUGUUCGACGCAGAAGGCGGGCUUGUUGCGAAUGCACCACAUUUGCCCGUCCAUCUCGGCAGCAUGUCAACCUGUGUACGGAGACAGGCCUGGAUCUGGCAAGAUAAAUUGAAACCCGGCGAUGUAAUUGUGUCAAAUCACCCGGAAUUUGGGGGAACUCAUCUCCCAGAUAUCACAGUUCUGCAGCCUGCUUUUAGCCAGGGAAAGAUCAUAUUCUACGUCGCCUCUAGGGCGCAUCAUGCUGACAUAGGAGGAAUACUCCCGGGAUCUAUGCCACCUCAUUCAAAAGAGCUUUACCAAGAAGGUGCAGCCAUCAAGAGCGAAAAAUUGGUAUCAGAGGGCAACUUUGACGAGAAGCGCAUCACAGAAUUGCUGUACAAAGAGCCGGCCCAGUAUCCAAGCUGCAGUGGAACUCGAUGCCUGGCAGAUAACUUGAAUGAUCUCAAAGCUCAGAUUGCUGCAAACAAAAAAGGGGCCAAUUUGAUCCGCAUUCUAAUCGAGGAGUAUGGUGAGGCUGUCGUGCAGUUUUAUAUGCACCAGAUCCAAGGCAAUGCAGAGCUCAGUGUGCGCAAUCUACUAAAGGAUGCGAGCAAGAGAUUUGCUGGUCAAGAACUGAGUGCUAUUGAUUACAUGGAUGAUGGGAGCCCUAUCCAAUUGAAGAUAUCAAUAGAUGGGGAAAAUGGGGAGGCAAUCUUCGAUUUUGAGGGAACAGGCCCGGAGGUACAUGGCAAUAUCAAUGCACCGGAAGCUGUCACAUACUCAGCGAUCAUCUAUUGCCUGCGAUGCCUUAUUUCAGCUGACAUUCCUUUGAAUCAAGGCUGUUUAAAGCCAAUUGACGUUCGAAUUCCUCCUGGAAGUCUUCUGUCCCCCUCGGAAUCAGCUGCCGUGGUGGGUGGCAAUGUUUUGACGAGUCAGCGAGUGACCGACGUCAUUUUGAGGUGCUUCCAGGCUUGCGCUGCAUCACAGGGCGAUACCAACAACCUCACAUUUGGGUUCGGAGGGAAUAUACCCGGCGAGACAGAAACGAAAGGGUUUGGUUACUAUGAAACCAUUGCUGGCGGUAGCGGGGCUGGUCCGACUUGGGAAGGCGCUUCAGGGGUUCAUACACAUAUGACUAACACCAGAAUCACUGACGCGGAGGUGCUUGAGCGGCGGUACCCUGUGAUACUCCGAGAAUUCAGUCUUCGUCCAAAGUCAGGAGGUAAUGGCCAGCACCGCGGCGGGGAUGGCGUUGUGCGAGACAUUGAAUUCCGCAUUCCUGUGCAAGUCUCUAUCCUCUCCGAACGAAGGGUCUACCACCCAUAUGGAUUAGAGGGAGGCGAAGACGCCCAGUGUGGUCAGAACAUCUGGGUGCGCCACGUGAAAAAGAAAGAUGGAAGCUGGAAGAACGGAUACAUCAACCUCGGCGCGAAGAAUUCCGCUCAGAUGCAAGCGGGGGAGCGGAUCAUUAUCGGAACGCCCGGAGGAGGAGGGUGGGGUCAAAUCGGAGACCAUAACCGGCUUCUCCAAGAGAAAGAUCAUCGUGAUGCUUGGUGGGGAGGUUCCAUUGCCAAAAACAUGGCGACGCAAGAGGCGAGUAUGUGA